AUGCCGCGAGGAAGAAGAAUACAAAAAGUGCUACCUCCAGCUCCCCUAACCCACUAUCAUCUUGUCCAAUUUGCCAGCGAGUUUGAAAAAAACAAUUCCCGAAAAUCUGCUAUGCUCCCUGUGUCAAGACUCGUUCUCAUGUCAAGGAUUAAGGAGUUAAGGACUGUGUCAGAAUGUCUCUUCAAGCACUCAUCAACCGUGAACCUCGCACCAGAUCACGAUCAUCAUUGGCCUUCCGGAAAAGUGCGGAAAGACCUGAAGAUUUACAUCAAUGGACAUCAAGCCUUAAUCCAGUUGCCCACAAAACCGACGUCACCAAUAUCUCCGGUCCCACGCCGAUGCAACUGGAGAGUCUGCACCUGCAGAAUACCUUCAACACCUUCAGAUGAUCAAGAGACCGUCAAGCCAUCAGUAUGUCCACAGAAUCUUGCGAUUCAACUCCGCGGUCAUGACGACUGA